AUGAACUGCAAAAGGCAGGCCACGUCAAGGGCUGUUGGUUCCUAUGUCAAUUUUACAGGUCUAUCAAAGCUGCCUCGCUGCAGGGAAGAGCCCUGCUGCCAGGCAGAGUCCCAAAGGUUUCUCCUCUCUCCAGAAUCCGGGGACGUGAAGGCCACUAUUGCCGUGCUCAGCUUCAUCCUCUCCAGUGCAGCCAAACACAGAGUAGACAGCGACUCUCUGUCCAGCGAGCUGCAACAGCUGGGGCUGCCCAAAGAACAUGCCACAGGAUUGUGCCGGUCCUACGAGGAGAAACAGAGCCCCCUGCAGGACAGCCUGAGGACACGCAGCCUGAGAUCCCCUUGUGCACCUGAAGUUUACUGUGCAAGAAGGGGACUGAGGCAUGACGGAGCCCUUUGCCAUGACCGUGUUGGCAGAGAAGUUCCCGGUCUUACUGGCAGAGCUGAGACAGGCGCACGCCAUGAUGAAAACUCUCAGCUGAGGAGCCGGGAGGAUGUCAGCGAGUGUGGAAGGAGCCGGCUGAUUGUGCUGCAACCCGUCAGAGAGUCUGGAGGGUGCGGUUCCUCCACUGGGGAAGCCCCUUGCUGCACACGGCUGCAGACACUGCCUGGGCAGAGGUUGGACUGGACUCUCUCCUCCCUUCUCAGACCCCUGCAGCUGAAACUGACGACUGCUCUUCCCACUCUUCCUGGCUACUGUCCCCCCGGUCUACCCUCCAGCUGUCUUGCUGUGAAGCCUCUUGCCCGCCCCUCCUCCAUCCUGCCCACAAGCCCUUGUGCUUCCAGGAGCCCCACUCCAGGAUCCAUCCCCAGAGCAAUGGUGGAUGGGAGCUUGGUGGCUUCUGCAUCUGCUAACGAGAUCUCCACCUCGAGACCAGCUUCAGCUCGGAGUUCCCAUAACAAAGGCGUCCAAACCCAUGGGCAGUGCCACUGUGUAACACACAUGCCUCCGGAGAACACCCAGGCCUGCCGGCUGGAGGCUGCUCUAACAGUGAGAGACCCUAACAUCCCCUGCCCAGCCCUUUGUGGGUGGCUCUGUUCCUGAACAGCUGCAGGGAGCUGAUCUGUCCUUUUGCUUCUGCCUGAAUUGUCUCCUGUGCCUACUCCAGGGCAGGCACUUGGGCUCCUAUGUCUCCUCUGGAGACUAGCGUGCAGCAGCCCACCAAAUGCUGUGGCUAGGCCAGCUCCACAUCACACACUGACUGAACUCCUGCAGCAAUCCAGGAUGCCUGUGGCUGGGGCGACUCUGCCAGUCGUACAUGAGAGGUUGGAAAGUUUCAUCAGCCGAAGCACGAUGGAGCAUUCGCUAGUCCCUUCUUGCUCCCCUGCUUCCCUCCCCUAAAAAGCACUUUGCCUCUGUUCUUUCCACUUCCUUUAAAGGAGCCCCCUCCCUGGGGGAUAAAUGCAGCUUUUCUUUCUUUCCUUCCCCCCAUGCUCCUAUCAUCUUUUCCAGGGCAGCUCCGUGCAUGGAAUAAAGAAUCAGCAGGAACGUGCAUCUGGGAAUCUCUCCUGCGUUUCCGGUUGGCCUUGGCACAUGAAGCCAGUUAUUUGGGAUGUUUCCUGUUUUGCCAGCGAGAUCCAAUAAAGCCACGUGGAGCAU